GGCGCUUCCUUCCUUGGACUGUCUCUGCCCUCUCCCGUCUCAGUCUUUCAUGCUCUGCCAUUCCCCUGCCUUCCCUCCCUGUCUUUCCCACAACUACGUUUUUUCUAAUUUGUCCUUCAUUGGAACUUUUAGAAAGAGCUCAAAUUAUUGAGCCCCGGUAGUGAUUGUCGCAAAACUGAGCCUUUUUCUCGACCGAGAAGAGUAACCCCGGAACCAUGAUUUCAAGGUUUCUCAGCGGCGUCCGUGGCACGAUCCUGUCUCCGAGGAACAGCUCUCCCCUGUCCAAGGUGCUAAGAUCAUCGGUCACGAUAAAUAUUAUUGAACAUUCGUAUAUAUAGAUAUCAUCAAAAUUUGGCCGAAAGACGAUAAAUGAUCGAUUUACUCUGCGUUCUCAGUUCAGAGAUUUCUACUGCUACACUUCUCAAGCUGCUUCCUCUUUACAGCAAGCAUGUGAGCCAUUCCCAUAUAGUGAGGAUGAAUAUGCUUAUGUGGACUGGGACAAUCUCGGGUUCGGUCUCAUGCCGACGGAUUACAUGUAUGUCAUGAAAUGUUCGGAGAAUGAUAGAUAUAAAGAAGGGAAAAUCAGCCGGUAUGGGAAUAUCGAACUUAGCCCUUCUGCAGGAGUCCUGAAUUACGGCCAGGGACUUUUUGAAGGACUGAAAGCGUACAGGAAAGAAAGUGGAGGCCUUUUGCUCUUCCGUCCUGAUCAGAACGCAAUGAGGAUGAAAUUCGGGGCUGAGAGGAUGUGCAUGCCUGCUCCAUCGGUCGAUCAAUUUAUCGAUGCAGUGAAACAAAUCACAGUCGCUAACAAACGUUGGGUUCCUCCUCCGGGAAAAGGAUCUCUGUACAUUAGGCCUCUGCUGAUGGGAAGUGGUCCGAUAUUGGGUUUGGCCCCAGCUCCCGAGUAUAUGUUUCUAAUAUACGCUUCACCCGUUCGUAAUUACUUCAAGGAAGGUUCAGCGCCCUUGAAUUUAUAUGUUGAUGAUGAGUAUGACCGAGCAUCUCGAGGUGGGGCUGGAGGCGUGAAGACUAUUACGAAUUAUGCACCGGUUUUGAAAGCAAUAAUGAGCGCAAAAGGCAGAGGAUUUUCUGAUGUCUUGUACCUCGACUCAAUGAACAAGAAGUAUCUCGAGGAGGUCUCCUCGUGCAACAUUUUCCUGGUGAAGGAUAAAGUAAUUUCCACUCCCGCCACAAACGGGACGAUCCUCUCUGGUGUCACAAGGAAAAGCAUCAUAGAAAUUGCUCGUGAUCUCGGGUACCAGGUCGAGGAACGUGCUAUCCCGGUGGAAGAACUGAUGUACGCUGAUGAAGUCUUUUGCACGGGAACUGCUGUAGUAGUUGCACCGGUUGGCAGCAUAACGUACAAGGACAAGAAGGUUGAGUUCAGAACAGAUGCUGAGGCUUUGAGCAGGAAGCUGUACAAUACUCUCGUCGGGAUUCAGAUGGGUGUCAUCGAAGACAAGUUCGGGUGGACUGUGGAGAUCGAGUGAGGAGAUCUUCGAUUCUAAGGGCAAACUUCCUUGCUCAAUCAUGUCGGAUAGAUCUGCAUAGACGCAUCUACUGCUGUUCGCUUGUUGAAUUACCUGUACAUGGACCGCAGCAAUGAGCUGUAUCUUACUGUGAAUGGAACUUAAGGAAACCACAUCUUCCGACUCUUUAAACAGCUUUAUGGCCA